GAAAAAGAAAAUACCAAGAUGAGUAAAAAGCCUCCAAAUCGUCCUGGAAUCACAUUUGAGAUUGGUGCUCGUUUGGAGGCACUGGACUAUUUACAAAAAUGGUAUCCAUCUCGUAUUGAGAAGAUAGAUUAUGAGGAGGGAAAGAUGUUGGUCCAUUUUGAACGCUGGAGUCAUCGCUACGAUGAGUGGAUUUACUGGGACAGCAAUAGGUUGCGACCUUUGGAGCGACCAGCACUGAGGAAAGAAGGGCUGAAAGAUGAUGAAGAAUUUGUUGAUUUUAAGCCUGGAGAAGAAGUCCUGGCUCGUUGGACAGACUGUCGAUAUUACCCUGCAAAGAUUGAAGCCAUUAAUAAGGAGGGAACUUUCACAGUACAGUUCUAUGAUGGUGUCAUUCGAUGUCUUAAAAGGAUGCAUAUCAAAUCUAUGCCAGAGGAUGCAAAAGGGCAGGAUUGGAUAGCUUUGGUCAAAGCUGCUGCUGCAGCAGCAGCCAAGAACAAAGCAGGAAGUAAACCUAGAACCAGCGCAAACAGCAAUAAAGAUAAAGAGGACAGAAAAUGGCUAAAGGUUCCUUCAAAAAAGGAAGAAACCUCAACCUCUACAAUCAUGCAGGAAGUCCAAAACAAGGAAGAGGAGCCUACAUCUAGUGACACAUUUGGAUUUCCUGUAGUGGAUGUUCAAAAGAUGGCCUUUGUGCAGGCAGAGAGCACAUUAUCACACAAGAGGAAAAGUAAUCUAGGCAACUCAUUUCAGGCAAAGAGAGCUCGACUUAACAAGAUCACUGGUUUAUUGGCAUCCAAAGCUGUUGUUGCGGAUGGUGCUGAAAAAAAGGAAGGCAACAACGAAACAGCUCCAGUCCUGGAGCAGGAGAUUUCACCUAAACCACAAAGUCAGAAAAAAAAUGAAGCUGAUAUUAGCAGUUCUGCCAACAUUCAGAAACCUGCACUGUUAUCCUCAACUUUGUCUUCAGGAAAGGCUCGCAGGAAGAAAUGCAAACAAGAAUCUGGAGAUUCUUCUGGGUGUAUAAAGCCCCCUAAAUCACCACUUUCCCCAGAAUUAAUACAAGUCGAGGAUUUGACGCUGGUCUCUCAGCUUCCUUCUUCUGUGAUAAAUAAAACUAGUCCAUCACAGCCAGUGAAUUCCCCUAGAUCCUACAAACAUAGCCAACGGAGAAGAAGAUCACAGCGUUUAGCCACUUGCUCCUUGCCUGAUGAUUCUGUAGAAAAAGUUUCUUCUCUCUCUUCAGUUACUGAUGGAAAAGUGUUCUCCAUCAGUGGUCAAAACCAACAGUCAUCAAAAUUGGAGGUACCUGAUGUUGCUCAUAUGUCACUUGAGAAGCGUGGACCAUGUCUCCCUCUUGAUUUAAGCCGUAGUUCCGAAGUUACAGCACCAUUUUCCACAGAAUCCACUUUCCGUAAUGAAUACCCCAGUAAAGACAAGGAAGAUAUUCAGAUGGUUACAUAUCUUUCUUCCAAAGCAGUAACUGAUGGAAGAGUAGCUACAACAGCGUCAGGUGCAGCGAGAAUGGAAAGAAAAGGAAAACUGGAAGAGAAAAGUUCCACAACAUAUGGUAAAAAGAAAGAAAAAGAAAAGGAGAAAAAAGAGAAGAAGGAAAAAGAUCAUAAAUCAAAACAGAAAAAGAAGAAGAAAAAAAAGAAGAAAUCUAAACAGCAUGAUUAUUCGGAUUAUGAAGACAGUUCUGUUGAAUUCUUGGACAGGUGCUCCUCUCCCUUAACGCGGUCCUCGGGCAGCUCUCUGACUCUGCGCAGCAUGUUCUCAGAGAAGAACACAACGUACCAGUAUCCAAGAGCUAUCUUGUCUGUUGACCUUAGUGGAGAAAACCUUUCAGAUGUGGAGUUCUUGGAUGAUUCUUCCACAGAGAGUUUGUUACUUAGUGGUGAUGAAUACAACCAGGAUUUUGAUUCAACUAACUUCGAAGAGUCUCAGGAUGAAGAUGAUGCUCUUAAUGAAAUUGUUAGGUGCAUCUGUGAACUGGAUGAAGAAAAUGGAUUUAUGAUUCAGUGUGAAGAAUGCUUGUGUUGGCAGCACAGUGUGUGCAUGGGACUGUUGGAGGACAGCAUUCCAGACCAGUACAUCUGUUACAUCUGCAGAGAUCCACCAGGACAGAGGUGGAGUGCCAAAUAUCUUUAUGACAAGGAGUGGCUGAACAAUGGGCACAUGUGUGGAUUAUCGUUUUUGAAAGAGAACUACUCUCACCUUAAUGCCAAAAAGAUUGUGUCAACACAUCAGCUACUGGCAGACGUGUACGGUGUAACUGAAGUAUUGCACGGAUUGCAGCUGAAGAUUGGGAUAUUGAAAAAUAAGCAUCACCCAGACCUUCAUCUCUGGGCUUAUUCAGGGAUGCGAAAAGAACAAGAACAAAUAACUGUUGGGGUAGAGAAAAAGUUAGUGACUUUGCAGGAUGCUGUUAAUCUAACUGAAAGGACGUGUCACAGUCAAAACCAUAAAGAGAGACCCAGUAUACCCCAGAAGAUGGAGGAAACAUACAUCACAAGUGAGCACAGUUACCAAAAACCACAGAGUUUUAGUCAAGACUGCAAAGCAAUCACUGACACUAUGAGCUCAGAUGAUGAAGAUACAAGUAGUUUUGAGGAAGAUCAGGAAUUUCACACAGAGAAUAAAAACUGUUUACAAUAUUCUUUUAAAGAUGAUGGCAUGAAUGAGCAGAAUUCUGCUGAAGGAAACACUGUGCUUGUUUGUAAUGAAAGAAAAAGCUCAGAAGAACAAGUGGACACACAUCUUCAAUGGCAGCUAAAUCUCCUCACCCAUAUAGAGAAUGUACAGAAUGAAGUCACCAGCAGGAUGGACCUGAUUGAAAAAGAAGUUGAUGUUCUAGAAAGCUGGCUUGAUUUCACUGGAGAACUGGAACCACCAGACCCUCUGACAAGAUUGCCUCAGCUCAAGCGACGCAUCAAACAGCUCUUAAUUGACAUGGGGAAAGUACAGCAAAUAGCAACACUUUGCUCUGUAUGACAAAAGGAAGAAUAAAGAAAUAAAAAUAGGUUCUUUACAGUGAAUUUUCUUACUAGCCACAAGACUGAGGGGAAGACAGCAAAAAAAAGCUGAGCGUUGAUCUGGUUCUUUGCUGAGUACAUUAAUAGCCUGAAGCUUUAGAGAGAGAAGAAAUUUAGAGUCAGGAUCUGUUAUAUGGAAAAUAUGAAUAUUCAAUGUCCAGGCUUCAAAAUGAUUUA